AUGUCUCCUCCAACCCAGCUGGCCCAUUCGGCCAAGCGUCAACGACCUACAGACGGUAAUCAGAAUUUGUCGAGAAAUGAAUCACAAAAUCGAUCAAAAAGACUUAAAACUCGCAAAGGAAUUCAGAAAGAAACUGACUCAGGUAGCAAGUCUUCAAAAAACUUGAUACCCACGACCAAGAGUGACUCGAAAUGGGUGCUUGAUACAAUUUCUCACGGCGAAAUAUACAAUACUGAGCCUGUAUUCUCAUCAGACGAGAAUCACAUUUUCCUGAGCUUAGGAAAUGCAAUUCAAGUUUUAUCUGUCUCAGCACGCCGGCCGAUUCGCACUCUCCAGUUAGAAGAUAACAUCAAAGUGGCUGGAAUAAGACCUGCUUCAGAUCCUCGAUUCUUAUACAUAUCAACCCUUUGUGGUAAGCUCAUUCAGUUUGAUUGGGAAUCGCACCGCCAGGUCGCAAAGUGGACAGGCAUUAGUGGGGAUCGUUGUCUCGAGAUUGUUCGUGUUGAUGCACAAGGUGAAGAACGCACAGCGUGUUUCUCAUUGAAAAAGUACAAUGGACAGUGGGCAAUAGCAGUUCAUUCACUUUGGAUGGCGCAAUCUAAGAACCCCACCGAAACAGUUGUUUUAGAAAGCGCACAAGCUAUUAAGCAGCUAAAGGUUUUGCAACGUGGGCGCGUCAUCGUUACCUAUACAAGUCAACAUAUCAUUGUUGGAACCCUAGACCACAAGUCAAAGAAAAACCAUACCUUCGACAGCUAUACCUGGAAAGAAUUUCAGAUCCCUACUAAACAGAUCACUUGUCUAGAUACUAGAGAACAUUUAACAUCGUCGGGUACUCCUUCAACCAUUGACAUAGCAAUCGGCGAAGCGUCUGGUGCUAUUUUAAUUUACCAGGACAUUCUUGGUAAUCUCAACCGCGAUGGGUCAUCUAGUGACGGUUCCAAAGGAGGCUUACCUCUACUGCAACGCUUACACUGGCAUACUGAUGCUGUUUCCUCCGUUUGUUGGUCACGAGACGGUAAUUACAUUAUUUCUGGGGGUAGCGCGCCUGUGGUGGUUUUCUGGCAGCUAGAAUCUGGGCGUAAAAAUGUUUUACCACACCUCUCGUCAUCCAUUUGCUCUAUCGCCGUUUCUCCGGGCGGAGCGUUCUAUGCAAUUCAGCUGAAUGAUAAAUCGACGGUCGUUCUAUCGGCAACCGAACUGGAGCCGGUGCUCAUCGUAAACGGCUUACAGCUACCAUCAACAAGGCGCGCAAAAAAUAUCAAGGGUCAAUAUUCUCAUUCGCGUCCAAGCCUCUUCGUUCCUACUAUUCUUCAUCCCCAUAACCCUGAAAGCUUGUCCGUCGCAGUCCCAGGAGGGGAUUCCGAUAGUCUUUCCUUUCUUCAGACUCUCGACAUUCGAAAAGGGUCUCAAAUAUCUCGACAGGCUCUCACAAGGACAAAUAUUACGUCUUGGAAUACAGGGCCCGAAGGCUUGCCAAUACAGACACCUAGUAUAAAAUUCAUGGCUAUGAGUGAAGAUGGUCAUUGGCUUGUUACCGUUGAUCGUUGGAGUCCACCAGAGCGCGACCUCAAGGCGUUUGGACGAUCGCUAUCUUCGGAUAGUCACAGUGAGAUCUUUUUGAAGUUUUGGGCAUGGAGCAAAACGCAGGAGAUAUGGGAGUUGGUCACACGCGUCGAAUCUCCUCAUCUCUUAGCAGGCAACCCCACCGAGAUCCUCUGUCUCUCGGCUCGACCUGGAAGGCACGAAUUUGUGACAUUUGGAGCGGAUAAAAUUCUAAAAAUCUGGCAGCCGACAGCGCGAUACAGCAAGGCUUCCAAGCACCAGCCGCGCCGCUCUGGCGCUUUUGAGCAAACAUGGAAAUGCCAAACAUCCGUCGACUUCUCAGGAUCCAAGUCUGAUAAGGUACUUGAAAACUCAGCAAUGGGAUUCUCCGACGAUGGCUCUGUCCUCGCAUUGAGUACGGGAAAUGUCAUUCAACUCGUCGACACUCAUCAGUGGGCUAUCUAUUGCACCCGCAGUGUCUCCUCCUCUUCUUCUGACUCAGUGACGGCCGUUAAAUUCUUGAAGUCGUCAUUGGUCAUUCAAUCAAAAAAGAGUCUUGAUAUUUGGAAUGUCGUCGACAACUGUUUGAAGACGGUUGCUAGCCCACAUGCAAUAUCUAAAUCUGCAGACACGUUCAAUUCGCUAGCAGUAAACCCCACUACAGAGACCUUCUCUGUGAUCUACUCCGGGGCAUCUCAGAAAUCUACAAAGGCGUCAGACAAAUGGUCCGUGUAUGGCAUUGCAGUCUACAAUGCAAGUACUUUGACUAUCUUAUUCCAAACUGAAUUCGAAGAAAUGCCUAUAAGCUUGCUCUCUGACAAAAACUCCGGUGAUUACAUUGUCAUCGACGCCGCAGCAUCCCUAAAGCGAGUCGGUUGUGGCCAUCGGGGAGUUCACGCCGUGGAGGUCUCGUCAAAAACACACGAGCACCAGACAGCUGGUCUCAGUGAUAUAUUUGGGCGUAUUGGUAUGAAGCCGCAUCAUACUUCUACCCCGACGCCAGUUGUGGAUGUCAAUUUGAAAGGUAUUGAAGGAAUAUUUAACCAAGCACCAUCUUUUGCAUUGCCUCCUGCAAGUUCACUUUUCAAGGACGUCAUCAAAUCUUUAGUGACAACUUCUUGA